GUUUGAAAGGGACCUGGCUGGCAUCAAGUUCAUUCACGACCCCUUCACUCUCGUCGCUCAAUUUUUUUCCGCAUACCAAAUCCAUACGUAUCAUGAAACGCCCCUCGACAGCCGCUUUACCUGCACGAAAGGUCCGGAAGCAGGCACCCAUGGACGACCAUAAGGCCGCUGCCUCAAAAUCUAGACUGGCUGCAACUGCUUCUACUUCAGAACCCAAAUCGAUUCUCAAGAAGCCCCUUCGACCAAAGUCUACGGAUAGCAAAGCGACGGCAUUAUCAUCAUCGAAACCGAAAGCAUCUAUGUCGGGCGCAGCUAUCCUGAAGGCCAACACCAGUGCCAACAAAACGUUUACAUCAUCAAAAGCAGGUUCAGCAAGAGACGGAUCAAGAGCGCAUGGAAAACCGAAGGCUGUGUUAAAGCAAGCUGUCAUGGCCAGCAAAGGCGACAUUACGGGAGGCAUGGGCAAGAAGAGGAGAGCACCUGUGGAGAGAGAAGAGGCGAACAGUGGCGAUGACAGCGAUAGUGACAACGACAGCGAGGAUGAAAGGGAGUCUGACGAGGAUGAGGAUGAUGAUGACCUUGAGGGACUGCCAAGCACCCGUACUGGAAAGAAAACAUCCAAGAAGCACACGGAAGAGAACAUGGCGGAGGCCAUGUCCAAGAUUUUGGGCUCGGCUUUGCGCAAGGCGGAUGCCAGUACACCAAUUCUUGCCAGGUCGCGUGGUGUGGAGCGCAAGUUGGAGGAGGAAAAGAUGGAGUCCAAGGCCAGGAAAGCUAUCACCAAUGAGAAGAGGCGCCUCGCUAACAGGGACCGCGUUAAGCCGGAGUAUACAGGGAUGGAGUACGAGAAGAAGUUGCGCAAGGUUGCGACCCGUGGUGUGGUUCAACUGUUCAAUGCGAUCAAGGCACAGCAAAAGGCGACCGAGGACUUGACGGAAAAGGCGCGCCCCAUCACAACUAAUGCCAAGGAUAAGGUUGCUAAUCUGACCAAGGCCAGUUUCUUGGACCUACUCAAGUCCGGCACCAAGGUUCCGACCGUAUAAUGCAGGAUACGCAUAGCAAAAAGAUACAUUCUCAUCGUAAUAAAAGCAUUC